AUGAUAUCGGUUACGGAAGAGUUGGACGACGGUGCACGGAACGAAACAACAGCUUGGGAUUCGCAGAUUAUAUCUUGUCGGCCACAAAACCUGGCAUCUGGCGGUAAAGAGACGACUCAGUUCGGAACCUCGACGAGUAGGUUUUCCGAGAAAUCAUUCAACUCUCUUUCUUCGUCAUCUUCCAACUCAGACUCGGUAGAUUAUGCUCUACCGAACCCAAAUGAAGGGCCGCUGAAUUUUGGUUUGGUCGUGCCGGGUGUUUAUCGCAGCAGUUAUCCCAAGCCCCAAGAUUAUGAGUUCUUGGAAGGCUUAAAGCUCAAGACUGUCAUAACAUUGGUGAAGAAGGAUAAAGUCGACCAUGACUUGGACUCUUUUAUCGCUGCCAAUGGCAUUCGUCAAAUCAUCUUCAACAUGAAAGGCACCAAAAAGGAAGCCAUCCCUAUCAGCACCAUGAGACAUAUCUUGCAACUGGCGUUGAACCGGGAAAACCACCCUUUGCUUGUGCACUGCAAUCAUGGCAAGCACCGGACAGGCUGCGUCGUCGCCGCCAUCCGCAAACUCUCGGGUUGGCAGCUGCGUCAUAUUGUCAACGAAUACAAGACAUAUGCCGAGCCGAAAAUUCGAGAGUGUGAUGUCGACUAUAUCAGCAGUUUUCAGUGUGCGCCGCUACAAAAUCUCUACGACCUGUACUACGAACCGACCAGGUUCAAUGCGGUACAGCGGCGAGUUUUUGUCCGGAUUCUUUUGUUUUCGACAUUUGUAAUGGUCUUGUGGCUCGUGUCGGGCUCGAAGAUGCUUGUGCUCAGGGAUAACACGGCCUUGAGAUAG